UGAUGUAUACGUGUAUAGUCGAGUCUAGUCAGCCACGUGGUAGGUACAGGUACGGUGGGCUGUACACAGUAGAUCUACAGGUGGGUGGAUCAGGUUAAAGGUGUCCAACUACACAAAAGGAGGCUGAGAGAUGAGUGUCAACAGUGAUGAGGUCAACUUCCUAGUGUAUCGAUACCUGCUCGAGUCAGGCUUUACACACAGUGCAUUCACCUUCGCACUAGAGAGCCAUAUUCAUCAGAGUAGCAUCAAUGGUAGCAGUGUACCUCCAGGGGCCCUAAUAUCAGUCCUACAGAAAGGCCUCCAAUACAUAGAGGCAGAGACUAGCCUAUCGGAGGAUGGCGGUGUGCUGGAUGGCAAGAGUGGACUGUCUCUGGUGGAUGCAGUAGUACACAGUAGCAGUAGCCUAGUUACCAGAGCCUCACAGACCAGACUGGAUGACCAGCAGCACGGGGGAAAGUUGACUGGAGACUCUAAAGUGGUAGAUCCCACCAAGGUGACCGUCUUGCGUGGCCACUCAUCAGAAGUGUUCACUUGUGCCUGGAGUCCAGUGGCCAACAUCAUCGUAUCAGGGUCAGGUGACUCUACUGCACGGCUAUGGCGUCUCCAUGACGAUGCUGUACAUGACCCCCCUAUGGUCCUCCCACACGAACCAGUGGGUGCAGUGGGCACAGAGGUCAACAGAGACGUCACCACUGUACAUUGGAAUUGUGAAGGCAGUCUGUUAGCCACUGGUUCUUAUGAUGGAGUGGCUAGACUAUGGAGUCCUGAUGGAUCUCUGAGGGCAUCACUCAUACAUCACUCAGGACCCAUCUUUGCUCUCAAGUGGAACCCUCGUGGGACUUAUAUAGUAACCGGUGGUGUGGACAAGACUGCUAUUGUGUGGGAUGUGGGGAGUGGGGAGGUCAGACAACAGUUCUCCUUCCAUCGUGCUCCUACUCUAGAUGUGGACUGGCAGAAUAACAACACAUUUGCUUCUUGUUCCACUGACAAACUCAUCCAUGUGUGUAGAGUUGGCAAUGACAAGCCAAUCAGGACAUUGCAGGGACACAAGAGUGGAGUGAAUGCAGUUCGUUGGGACCCCUCGGGUAGUCUCUUAGCCUCAUGCUCUGAUGAUCACACAGCUAAAGUGUGGUCUUUGAAACAAGACUCGUGGAUACAUGAUCUUAAAGAGCACUCUGGAGAUAUCUACACUCUCCAAUGGAGUCCCACUGGCCCUGGGUCUCCUAACCCUUCAACAACUCCACUACUAGCCACAGCCUCCUUUGACUCCACUAUUCGUCUGUGGGAGAUGGAGAGAGGAACUUGUCUACACACACUACGCAAGCACAUGGACCCGGUUUAUUCUGUAGCCUUUAGUCCUGAUGGCAAGUUGCUGGCUAGUGGAUCAUUUGACAAGUAUGUGUAUAUCUGGUCCACUCUGGAUGGUUCUGUGGUGAGACAAUACAAGUCCUCCAGUGGUAUAUUCGAGGUGUGUUGGAGUCGUGAUGGAGGGAAACUGGCAGCUUGCUUCUCCAACAAUACAGUGUGUGUGUUGGACCUGAGGGGACUCUAAACAACUCUCUAGUGACAUAUUAACUCUAAUAUCACUGUAUAUAAUUAUACGAUCAUAUUUGGAUAUAAUGUUCAUAAUUCUUGCUCUUCAAU